AUGUUAGGAACCGCUGGACAGUUAAAUUCUAAGGAUUUAUUAACACAAAGGCCAGUGGGCGCCUGCCUUGCUGGGCGCAGCGGGUUGUUUUGCCGGGCGUCCGUUAUUGGUGAGAGCAGCUAUGAACGAACCUCUCACAUCAAGUGGUGCUGGGGCAGCGGGCAGGCAGCGGCGCCGCCUCAGCCGCAGUGCGGGUGCCAGCUGACGCCCAGCCCGUCCCUCACACAACGCCUUCUUUUUUGCUACAAACGCUUACCACCACCACCACCACCACCACCACCACCACCACCACCACCACCGUCAAUUGUGCGACUUGUUUUAUCACUGAACGAGAAUUUUCAGGUAAGACAGCGAGAAGAAGACAGCGAGAAGAAGACAGCGAGAAGAAGACAGCGAGAAGAAGACAGCGAGAAGAAGACAGCGAGAAGAAGACAGCGAGAAGAAGACAGCGAGAAGAAGACAGCGAGAAGAAGACAGCGAGAAGAAGACAGCGAGAAGAAGACAGCGAGAAGAAGACAGCGAGAAGAAGACAGCGAGAAGAAGACAGCGAGAAGAAGACAGCGAGAAGAAGACAGCGAGAAGAAGACAGCGAGAAGAAGACAGCGAGAAGAAGACAGCGAGAAGAAGACAGCGAGAAGAAGACAGCGAGAAGAAGACAGCGAGAAGAAGACAGCGAGAAGAAGACAGCGAGAAGAAGACAGCGAGAAGAAGACAGCGAGAAGAAGACAGCGAGAAGAAGACAGCGAGAAGAAGACAGCGAGAAGAAGACAGCGAGAAGAAGACAGCGAGAAGAAGACAGCGAGAAGAAGACAGCGAGAAGAAGACAGCGAGAAGAAGACAGCGAGAAGAAGACAGCGAGAAGAAGACAGCGAGAAGAAGACAGCGAGAAGAAGACAGCGAGAAGAAGACAGCGAGAAGAAGACAGCGAGAAGAAGACAGCGAGAAGAAGACAGCGAGAAGAAGACAGCGAGAAGAAGACAGCGAGAAGAAGACAGCGAGAAGAAGACAGCGAGAAGAAGACAGCGAGAAGAAGACAGCGAGAAGAAGACAGCGAGAAGAAGACAGCGAGAAGAAGACAGCGAGAAGAAGACAGCGAGAAGAAGACAGCGAGAAGAAGACAGCGAGAAGAAGACAGCGAGAAGAAGACAGCGAGAAGAAGACAGCGAGAAGAAGACAGCGAGAAGAAGACAGCGAGAAGAAGACAGCGAGAAGAAGACAGCGAGAAGAAGACAGCGAGAAGAAGACAGCGAGAAGAAGACAGCGAGAAGAAGACAGCGAGAAGAAGACAGCGAGAAGAAGACAGCGAGAAGAAGACAGCGAGAAGAAGACAGCGAGAAGAAGACAGCGAGAAGAAGACAGCGAGAAGAAGACAGCGAGAAGAAGACAGCGAGAAGAAGACAGCGAGAAGAAGACAGCGAGAAGAAGACAGCGAGAAGAAGACAGCGAGAAGAAGACAGCGAGAAGAAGACAGCGAGAAGAAGACAGCGAGAAGAAGACAGCGAGAAGAAGACAGCGAGAAGAAGACAGCGAGAAGAAGACAGCGAGAAGAAGACAGCGAGAAGAAGACAGCGAGAAGAAGACAGCGAGAAGAAGACAGCGAGAAGAAGACAGCGAGAAGAAGACAGCGAGAAGAAGACAGCGAGAAGAAGACAGCGAGAAGAAGACAGCGAGAAGAAGACAGCGAGAAGAAGACAGCGAGAAGAAGACAGCGAGAAGAAGACAGCGAGAAGAAGACAGCGAGAAGAAGACAGCGAGAAGAAGACAGCGAGAAGAAGACAGCGAGAAGAAGACAGCGAGAAGAAGACAGCGAGAAGAAGACAGCGAGAAGAAGACAGCGAGAAGAAGACAGCGAGAAGAAGACAGCGAGAAGAAGACAGCGAGAAGAAGACAGCGAGAAGAAGACAGCGAGAAGAAGACAGCGAGAAGAAGACAGCGAGAAGAAGACAGCGAGAAGAAGACAGCGAGAAGAAGACAGCGAGAAGAAGACAGCGAGAAGAAGACAGCGAGAAGAAGACAGCGAGAAGAAGACAGCGAGAAGAAGACAGCGAGAAGAAGACAGCGAGAAGAAGACAGCGAGAAGAAGACAGCGAGAAGAAGACAGCGAGAAGAAGACAGCGAGAAGAAGACAGCGAGAAGAAGACAGCGAGAAGAAGACAGCGAGAAGAAGACAGCGAGAAGAAGACAGCGAGAAGAAGACAGCGAGAAGAAGACAGCGAGAAGAAGACAGCGAGAAGAAGACAGCGAGAAGAAGACAGCGAGAAGAAGACAGCGAGAAGAAGACAGCGAGAAGAAGACAGCGAGAAGAAGACAGCGAGAAGAAGACAGCGAGAAGAAGACAGCGAGAAGAAGACAGCGAGAAGAAGACAGCGAGAAGAAGACAGCGAGAAGAAGACAGCGAGAAGAAGACAGCGAGAAGAAGACAGCGAGAAGAAGACAGCGAGAAGAAGACAGCGAGAAGAAGACAGCGAGAAGAAGACAGCGAGAAGAAGACAGCGAGAAGAAGACAGCGAGAAGAAGACAGCGAGAAGAAGACAGCGAGAAGAAGACAGCGAGAAGAAGACAGCGAGAAGAAGACAGCGAGAAGAAGACAGCGAGAAGAAGACAGCGAGAAGAAGACAGCGAGAAGAAGACAGCGAGAAGAAGACAGCGAGAAGAAGACAGCGAGAAGAAGACAGCGAGAAGAAGACAGCGAGAAGAAGACAGCGAGAAGAAGACAGCGAGAAGAAGACAGCGAGAAGAAGACAGCGAGAAGAAGACAGCGAGAAGAAGACAGCGAGAAGAAGACAGCGAGAAGAAGACAGCGAGAAGAAGACAGCGAGAAGAAGACAGCGAGAAGAAGACAGCGAGAAGAAGACAGCGAGAAGAAGACAGCGAGAAGAAGACAGCGAGAAGAAGACAGCGAGAAGAAGACAGCGAGAAGAAGACAGCGAGAAGAAGACAGCGAGAAGAAGACAGCGAGAAGAAGACAGCGAGAAGAAGACAGCGAGAAGAAGACAGCGAGAAGAAGACAGCGAGAAGAAGACAGCGAGAAGAAGACAGCGAGAAGAAGACAGCGAGAAGAAGACAGCGAGAAGAAGACAGCGAGAAGAAGACAGCGAGAAGAAGACAAGGAGAAGAAGACAAGGAGAAGAAGACAAGGAGAAGAAGACAAGGAGAAGAAGACAAGGAGAAGAAGACAAGGAGAAGAAGACAAGGAGAAGAAGACAAGGAGAAGAAGACAAGGAGAAGAAGACAAGGAGAAGAAGACAAGGAGAAGAAGACAAGGAGAAGAAGACAAGGAGAAGAAGACAAGGAGAAGAAGACAAGGAGAAGAAGACAAGGAGAAGAAGACAAGGAGAAGAAGACAAGGAGAAGAAGACAAGGAGAAGAAGACAAGGAGAAGAAGACAAGGAGAAGAAGACAAGGAGAAGAAGACAAGGAGAAGAAGACAAGGAGAAGAAGACAAGGAGAAGAAGACAAGGAGAAGAAGACAAGGAGAAGAAGACAAGGAGAAGAAGACAAGAGAAAGAGUAA